UCAAAUGCAUCAACGGACUUCUUUCUUACAAGUUGUACAAAACAAACCCCUCCCUCCAUUCCCUGUCUCAAGGCUAUGGGUGUCAAAAUGAUGACCCCCACGUACGUGCAACAACCUUAAACUUCACUUGUUCUGGUCUCAAGGAAUUUGAGAGUCUUAGCAUGGAGGAGGUGGUAAACUUGUGUGACCAAAGCCCUACCGAAAACAUUUGCAAUGACCUCCAAAGGAUUGUCAACAAGGGAGGGAGAGAGAAAGAGAGUUGACCUCCGAGGUGUCUUGUGGGUGAGCUACCGGCCCACCUCUCACACCCUCGGUGGCGUUGAAUUGUUUAGUAAAAUCAUGCACCUUUGAUGCCAUUUUUAUUCUUUCAAAAUUAAUUUAAACCCAUGCAAUAUUGCAAUAUGCAACACCUAACUUUUCUUUUCUUUUGACACUCUCACUUGUGUUCUCUUUUCUUUAUAAUUUGGUCACCCAAGAUUUGAGGCACUGAGGAGGAUUUCUCUAUUACUACCUGUCAUUUCUUUUACUUUUCAUUCAUUAGUAGACAAUAUAGUAGGCUAAGUAUUAGCAUUUCUCAAGGAGGAAGGUGAAAGAAGAAGAAUAAACAAAAGACAAGCACACAAAGAUGGGCAGGAUUCCAUGCUGUGAGAAGGACAACGUGAAAAGGGGACAGUGGACACCUGAAGAAGAUAACAAACUCUCUUCUUACAUCGCCCAACACGGCACCCGUAACUGGCGGCUCAUCCCCAAGAAUGCUGGUCUUCAAAGAUGCGGGAAGAGUUGCAGGCUGCGGUGGACAAAUUAUCUUCGUCCUGAUCUGAAGCAUGGCCAGUUUUCGGAUGCGGAAGAGCAGACCAUUGUCAAGCUCCACUCUGUUGUUGGCAACCGAUGGUCAUUGAUUGCUGCUCAGCUUACAGGACGCACAGACAAUGAUGUUAAAAAUCACUGGAACACCAAGCUGAAAAAGAAGCUUUCUGGCAUGGGUAUAGAUCCAGUUACCCACAAACCCUUCUCCCAUCUCAUGGCAGAGAUUGCCACCACACUAGCAACACCACAAGUGACCCACCUAGCAGAAGCAGCCCUUGGCUGCUUCAAAGAUGAAAUGCUCCAACUCCUCACUAAAAAGCGGAUCGACUUCCAGCUGCAACACUGCAACACAAAUGUAGCACAAGGGAACACCUCAUCCCCUUGUAUUUCCACUAAACAUGAUGAAAAUGAUGAUACCAUUGAGAAAAUCAAGCUUGGUUUAUCAAGAGCUAUGCAAGAACCUGGAAUGUUGCCUCCAAACAAAAUCUGGGACUCCACUGGUGUUACUUCUCCCAAUUUGGCAGGCACCUGCUGUGAUUUUCCUUCAUCGGUUAAUGCAUUUUUAUGCUGUCCAUCUUCUUUCGGCAACGAAGGAGCUUUGUCACUGUGGAAUCAGAGCAUGUGCACUGGAAGCACAUGCACAACAGGUGACCAACAAGGUAGGUUGCAUGAAAUGCUUGACAAUGAAAACGGAGAAGAAUUCGAGGGUGGGAAAGAGAUUAGAAAAGUCUCAUCCAUAUUCAAUACAGACUGCGUGCUAUGGGAUAUGCCAUCUGAUGAUCUAAUGAACCCAAUUAUUUAAGAGCAUUACAACACAAAAUAGGCUGACACCUUUCAUUUAUUGGCAAUAACAUAUAUCUUAUGCAAUGAAAAUAUGAAUAAUGUAAAUGAAGACAUAUCAUAUUAAUCACACCCUAGAAUUACAUAAUUUCUUGUUGUUCUUCCAAUCAUUGAUGUAACAACCUUUUCAAUCAUUAGUAUGGUAUCUUCUCUUACUAGAAACCCAAUGUAUAUCAAGCAAAAUAUGAUGACGACGACGAUGUAUCAGCCAGAACCUGCAAGUAUCAAAUAAGUAGAGGUUUAAAAAUCAAGGUAAUUAAAAUUCUCCAAUACAACCAAAGGCAUCUAAGAAGAUAAACGUUUACAAAGCUACCUCAAGUUGCUCUUCAGUAAAUGAAUCUUUCUGGACAUUCCAUGUAUCCGCAUGAGUCCGUCGGAACUCAGCGAUUGCUUUUGUAACUGCAGAUUUCACAGGUGAUGGCUCUCCUCCAAAACGAGCCAGCAAAGUAACAUGCUCAGGCAACCAACUGAAAGGAUACAAAUUACCAGGUAAAAUACAGGGGCCAAUGGGAUUAUAUUUAUAUGUAUUCAUAUAUUAUUCAAUGAAAUAUCAACAAUCAGAUCUCUUCAAUCCUAUCCCCUAAGUUAGAGUCACGAAAAGGCUUUCUGGUGUGGUUUACAAGAGCUGAAAAUAGGAUAGUUACCAGGAAGCCAUUCACUUGUUUCAAAAAUAUUUUAGUCACCCUCAAAGAAUCCUCGUUUAAUAACAGAUGCCAGGAAAGACAAAAAAAGAAA